CUAACAUGCAUCUGCCACUGGUGUGAGAAAACAAACUUCACUUGUGAAACAGAGGGGGCAUGCUGGGCUUCCGUCAUGCUAAUGAACGGCAAACAAGAGGUGGUGAAGACGUGCCUUUCCGUCCUAGAACUGAAUGCGGAAGUCUUCUGCCAUGGCUCAAAGAGCGUCACAAGGAGGAAAUGCUGCUACACAGACUUCUGCAACAACAUCACUAUCCACCUCCCCACAGAAUCUUCAAGGAAACCAAUGCUGAGACCGGUGGAACUGACCGUGAUUAUAACCAUACCAGUAUGUGUCUUGUCUGUAGCUGUCCUGCUGACUUUGUAUACAUAUCAAGGCCACCAUUGUAGAUUCAAGAAGGAAAAAAGGCUGAACAUUGAAGAACCACUGUCAGAAUGCAGUCUGGUGAACCCUGGGAAAACUCUCAAAGAUCUGAUUUUUGACAUGACAACAUCAGGUUCUGGAUCUGGUCUACCUCUUCUUGUCCAAAGAACUAUUGCAAGGACUAUUGUUCUUCAGGAAAUAGUAGGAAAAGGUCGAUUUGGUGAAGUCUGGCGUGGAAAAUGGUGUGGAGAAGAUGUGGCCGUCAAGAUCUUUUCCUCGAGGGACGAAAGGUCUUGGUUUCGUGAGGCAGAAAUGUAUCAGACAAUUAUGCUGAGGCAUGAAAAUAUCCUUGGUUUUAUUGCUGCUGAUAACAAGGAUAAUGGAACUUGGACUCAGCUGUGGCUUGUAUCUGAAUACUAUGAGCAAGGCUCUUUGUUUGACUAUUUAAAUAGCAACACUGUGACUGUUGAAGGGAUGAUUAAAUUUACUUUUUCUAUUGCUAGUGGCCUAGCACACCUUCAUAUGGAGAUCGUGGGUACACAAGGCAAGCCUGCCAUUGCACAUAGAGACCUGAAAUCUAAAAACAUUUUAGUGAAAAGGAAUGAGACCUGUGCCAUUGCUGAUUUGGGGCUGGCUGUGAAACACGAUUCUGUAUUAAACACAAUUGACAUUCCUCAGAAUCCUCGAGUGGGAACAAAGAGAUACAUGGCUCCAGAAAUACUUGAUGAUGCCAUGAACAUCAAUAUCUUUGAGUCCUUCAAGCGUACAGAUAUCUAUGCUCUUGGUCUAGUGUACUGGGAGAUAUCACGAAGAUGCUCAGUUGGAGGAAUUGUUGAGGAAUAUCAGUUGCCUUACCAUGAUGUCGUCCCUUCUGACCCCUCCAUAGAAGAUAUGAGAAAAGUAGUCUGUGAACAAAAACUUAGACCAAAUAUCCCAAAUCAGUGGCAAAGCUGUGAGGCACUCAGAGUAAUGGGCCGAAUAAUGCGGGAAUGUUGGUACGCCAAUGGGGCAGCUCGCCUAACGGCACUUCGCAUUAAGAAGACCAUUUCUCAACUCUGUGUACAAAAGCAUUCCAAAGCUUAAGUCUGCACAUGUUUCAAGAAAGAAGAAAGAAAUGAAUCAUUUUGUAUUUUAUUUUUGCAUUGUUUUGAUUGUGCUCUACCUCACUGCUGCAAAGUUUUUAGUAUGUUAUAGACACCGAAACCCGUGUUCUGGAAAAAAGCUUCACUGGAUGUUCAAAGCCAGGGUUAAUUUUAGGUUGGGGCAUGAUGGUGCCACCUGCCAGUGUAAAUGAGAAGCGAGCUACAGAAGUGCCCCUCUGUGGUUCCUCGCCCUGUGAACUUCAUCUUGUCAAAAUCAUCCCUAAGGUACAAACACAUGGUAAAUAACUGAAGAAAUGAUGAUGGUAGUUCAAUAUCAUCAAUCAUAAGCUUUGUAUUCUAGCAGCAACCAAAUAUUAAGUGUAUAUUUUGUACACUAAAAUUUGGUUUCGGUCCCUUCCAUAUGUAUCCCAAGACUUCUGGCUCAUCGAAAAAUGUGCAUCUGUCUUACAACACCUCACAAGAUGAAACGUCCUUAGAGGAUCUUAUAUGGCAUCAGACUAGGGGCCUGUCUUGAAAGAUUUCCACAGGAAUUGCGUAUCGAUACCCACUCAGAAGGAAUUUCUAUGUUCUCCAUGCACCACUGUAGGACCCACAAUG